AUGACACCCAUAGAAAUCUUACCUGAUUUUUUUUUUUUUAGAAAUCCACCUCAAUAUUCUUAUUUUUUGCAUAACUGACAAUAGAUUAAAAUAAUAACUAAGCUUUUCUUUUAAAUCCCGCAUAGCAGAAGGGGAACGUUAAAGCGAAAAAUUAUAUCUUUUUAAGCAGUCAUUAAAUCUCCCAAUAUAAUACCUGAAUACAAAGAUUGCUCUUUAAUUAGGGCGCUUGGCUCUGCCAAACAAAACAAACUCAAAGGAAAGUAGCCAACAUGCAAAAUUGAUGACUGAGCCUCCUUUGUGGUCCCCGCAUUGUGUGAUACUUGCUUAUGAAGUCUAAUACAAUCAUAAAUUGCGUCCUCCGGCCAAUCAGCGGCCCGGGAGAUGCUGCAUGAAAGCGACCCAUGUGGAGAACUUUGUUGAGCACCAUUGUUGAGGCUGUCAGCCCUGAGAGGAGGGCCAGGGCCGAGGUGGGGGGGGGCAAGCUGCUAUAAAACUUCUCUCCCCAGAGUGAGGAAACCAGAGGAGUUAGCAGUUGUUCACAAGACUGAUUCUCUCCCAGCUGACACGAGGAGUAUUUGAAUUUUUCGUAAAGCCGGGACCAUGAUGAUCCCAAGCGUUAUUGCGCCUCCUGCCUUCUACCCCGGGCUGUACCGGCCCACCGCGGCUCUCCCGCUCCACCAGACCCUGCCGUCGGCCUUCCAGACCCACUCUAGCUUCCUGGUGGAGGAUCUGCUGCGGAUAAGCCGCCCCGCCGCCUUUAUAAACCGAACUGUUCCGUCAGCGAGCGCCUCCGUGCCAACAGCCACCACCGUGUCCACCGGCGGCGCGCCGGAGCACACGGUAGCGGCGAGUGCGGGGACGCGCGAAUCGUGCUCACCUAAAACAUCGGUGCCGAACAGCAAGGACCCGAGUUUUCUCAAGUUUGGAGUGAACGCCAUCCUCGCACCCUCACCAAAGACGGCGUCCUCACCCCCUGCAGUCCACAGUCUGAACACCAAGACCUUCCCCGUCCCCUGCUUUGACGCAGCCUUUCACCCCAUAUUCAGGGCGCCUUAUUUACCAGCAUCUUCAUCCGUUGUUCCAAUCCCGGGGACUUUUUCGUGGCCUUUGGCAGCCAGAGGAAAACCCCGGAGAGGGAUGCUGAGGAGAGCGGUGUUCUCCGACGUGCAGCGCAAAGCCUUGGAGAAAAUGUUUCAGAAACAGAAAUACAUCAGCAAGCCCGACAGGAAGAAGCUGGCAUCUAAACUUGGCCUAAAAGACUCGCAGGUAAAAAUUUGGUUUCAGAACCGACGGAUGAAAUGGAGAAAUUCCAAGGAACGAGAGCUGCUGUCAUCCGGUGGAUGCCGCGAGCAGACGCUGCCCACCAAAGCCAAUCCGCACCCGGACCUCAGCGAUGUGGGCAAGAAGUCCUCAGCCGAGGACGAAGAGGAAGAAGAGGAAGAAAAGGAGUUCGGAACAGAGAGAAUGAGGGCGGCAGGUUCCACCAUCUCCUCUCCCUCCCUCUCCAGUAAGCACUCGGACUUCUCGGAGUCAGAUGAAGAGGAGAUAACAGUAUCUUAAUUUAUUUUGAAAAGCGAGUAUAGAGUUAUUACCCAUGAUCUGUUUUUAUGGGACGGUGACCAGAUUAGUAGGAAACUGCCGCUGUGACAAACCAUCAACGUCGCCGUUCAAACAAGUUGCACCCAUGUUUGUGGCUUCAUCAGUGCAUGCGCACUGGACAGGAUCUGCUACUGAGACACAAUUUGCUGUUUUGCACAGCUUUGUUCAAUUGUACAGUAUUUUGUACAAGUUUGUAUGGAAAUUUUAUGCCAAGAAUAUUGCGUUACUUUACAUUGACACUGAAUAGAGUUGUUUAUUGAAAAAUGUAGCUAUUUUGUUAAUUUAUAUCAAUUUGUUUAAUAACUAUGUUGUAUUAUGUGCUGUAUAUAUGUUUAUUUCACCUUUUGUACAAAAACCAAAUAAAACUGUAAACAAUUGAAAGUCACAUGUGUGCGUGCGUUGUUUUAACAUAACAGUUUGACCAUUCAAUCAUAAAUAAUUAUUAAUUUUAUUGAAUCACAAUAACUUAAGACUAGUACAGUGAUAUCAGAUUUAAUUCUCUGAGCCCCGGACAAACCAGUGAUGAGAAACUGCACCAAUCUGCUCUGAUGUAAAGAGACUGUACACAAAAUACUCCUUUUCAAGUACUGUAACAAAUUGGCUAGAAAAAGGUCAUCAAAAUGCUGCGCAAUAAUCAACUAUUUACAAAAUUAUGUUACAUGUAAAAAAAAAAAAAAAAGUACAUUACUAAGAAGGCUAAACAUUCAUUGAGUUUGUGAGUAAUAAAACGACAGACGAGUCAAAUGCUUGAUAGACAUCCACACCUCUCAGAGCGGGUUUACACACGCAAACAGAAUUAAGUCUCUUUGUGCUUACGAGGACAGUAGCAGGGAGAGGCCUUAUGAAAUACACAGACACACUUAAUGGACAAAGAACGUUGGCCACAAAUCUGAAAAGUCUUCACAUAUCUGGUUCCAUGCUGUACAUCUCGAGGCAGUGCUGAAAACAAACACACAUGCGGCUUUUGGCUUCCAUUUGGAGAUCAGAAUGAAUGUUGCAUAGGAUAGGUGAGAAAAACAUGGAAAGUUGCGCUGAACUCCGUGACCCCAGCUUUAAGCACCCCUCCCAGAAGGCAGGCUGGGAGGCUUAAAACAAAAGUACGAUAUUCGUAAUUCUUUAAGCUACUGAAAUAAUGGCAAACCGCUUUUCAUUAUCAUUCAACCACAAGCACUUUUAUCUCACCUCUGAUUAAUUAUAUCACUAUAAACAAAGCAGCAUAUGCACUAGUUUUCCAUAAUUAGCUCAAUAUGUAGUUAUGACAGUUUUGUUCAUCACAAAUCACAUAAAAACAGACAAUAAGUGUGGCAGAAGCACAGUUCAAGGAUGUGGAUGAGGUAUAAAAAAAAAAAAUUAAAGACAUUUUCUUAAAGUUCCCCUCCCCCGUUCAACCGCCAAUAAGUUAAGUUUGGGUACUGAGCACCACAACACAUCCGAAUCUUUUUCUUGAUAGUGAUCCAGAUAUUUACACCAUCUUCUCAGUUCACACAUCCAUACAAAAGCACUACUUCUCUUUCAUGUGUAUUCAAUCCUGCGGCAUUGGUGAUUAAUAUGAUGAGAGGUCAGCAUCACUCCUCGACAACUGCAGUCGCUCGAGGUGAGAGUUGACUCAGAGCCCUGUCAAGUUUACAGCCAUUUAGAGGAAUAAAUAAUUCGCUAAUGCACGUAGAAAAUAGUAAGGCAUUGUUUGUUAGAAUUCAGUCCAGCACCAAAAGGGUUUUGUGCUACAACAGCCUGCUUGGGGCUAAUGUGCGUGGAGAUCUCAAACGUUUACUAAGGGGGUCGAAGCAUGAGCUCACAGACUUGCACGGUGAAGUUGUAACACAUCAAGUGGAGAAGAAUGUCUCAAAAAGGACAAAUCUAGCUGUGGUGGAUGCUAAUUUCCCAGUAAGUGCCCUUUCCAUUUUAACAUUUUUUGGUGAGAACUUUAAAGGGAUUUUGUAAAAGAGAUUUUCAUAUGUGCAGUUUUUUAAAAGUUACUUUACAGAUGCUGUGGAUUACAAAAAGAAACAAAAAGCAUUUCUCAGGAAGUAAGUGUUUA